AUGGGGAAUAUGAAAAGACAGAGCAUGAGAGAGCGGAGAGAAAAGUGGGCAGGUCUGGUGGACGCCUCCCCCCACCUCCUGCUCCGGCCCAGCCCACGGGAGCGUGAUGCAGGGGCCAUGAUGAACUUCAACAUCGCUGUGAUCCACGCCGGUGCUACGGUGCAGGCAGAGGCAGCGGGUGGCGGGGGCCUGGGGGAAGGGUGCUCUACCCCGGUUUUGGCCGGGUAUACGGCUCCCUGGGGGAGAGCGUGGUCACCCAGUGGGGCUCUGCUAACGUCAUCUGGCUACAGGUUGGACACUGUGAAUGACAGUAGUCCUAAGACGGUGCUCUCCCAGCUGUGUGAGCUGCUGGCGGCACGGCCCCUGCAAGGCCUGGUUUAUGAAGAGGAGAGGCCCCCGCGCACAGCCUGGGGUCCUUUGGCCCCCAUGCUGGAGUUUGUCUCUGCGCAAACAGGACUGCCCAUAGUGGCUGUAGGAGGGGGAGCGGGGCUGGGGAGGAUGCCACAGGAAUCAGGUUCCAUCUUUCUCCAGUUCAGCUCCUCUACUGCCCUCCAAUUAGAGGUCAUCUUUGAGGUGCUGGAGGAGUAUGAUUGGACAGCCUUUUCUGUGGUGUCCACGCGUCACCAUGGCUACCAAGAUUUUCUGUCGGUGGUGGAGGGGCUGACGGACGGCUCGUUCAUCGGCUGGGAGAAGAAGAGUGUGGUGAUCCUGAACGUGACUGACGACCCUGGGGGGUCACGCACGCGCAGGCUGCUGAAGGAGAACGAGGCGCAGGUACGUUUGCUGUACUGCUCCCAGGAAGAGGCUGAGCUGGUUUUUCGAGCUGCAUGGGCCGCCGGUCAGGCCGGAGCCUCACACAUGUGGUUUGCUGUGGGGCCAGCUCUCUCAGGUUUAGGCAUGGAGAACCUGCCCCGGGCUCUGUUUGCUGUGCGGCCGCAGGGCUGGAGGGACGAACCUCGCCGAAGGAUUGCUCGGGGUGUGUCUGUGCUGACUCAUGGGGCAGUGGCGAUGCGCAAGGAUUACGGAACAACGGGUGGGCCAAACUUUGUCACCAACUGCGUGACGGAUGCCAAUCAGACCCAGAGACUGCGGGGCAGGAUGAGGUAUUUCAGCAACAUCACACUCGGUGGGCGGGAUUACUCCUUCAAUAGUGAUGGUUACCUGUCCAACCCCUUCUUGGAUGUAAUUUCCUGGACACCAGGACGUGGAUGGGAAGAUGUAGGCUGGUGGGAGAAUGGCGUACUGAGGCUGCGGUACCCAGCCUGGUCUCGCUACGGGCCAUUCCUUAAACCACCUGAUGAUGCCCAGCACCUGCGCGUUGUCACGCUGGAGGAAAGGCCAUUUGUUAUUGUUGAGCUGGCAGAUCCUGCAUCUGGGACUUGCAUCCGUGACUCAGUGCCCUGCAGACGACCCCUUAAUGCCAGCGCCAUCCAUGAGGGUGUGGCUCCCAUGAAGCAGUGUUGCAAGGGCUUCUGCAUUGACAUCCUCAAGAGAUUGGCUAAGAUUGUCGGCUUCACCUAUGACCUUUACUUAGUGACCAAUGGGAAACACGGGAAGAAAAUUGAUGGGGUUUGGAACGGCAUGAUUGGAGAGGUGGUGUACAAGCGAGCGGACAUGGCCAUUGGCUCGCUGACUAUUAAUGAGGAGAGGUCAGAGGUCGUGGAUUUCUCCGUCCCUUUUGUGGAGACGGGGAUUAGCGUCAUGGUCUCCCGUAGCAACGGAACUGUAUCACCGUCCGCUUUCUUAGAGCCCUACAGCCCAGCGGUGUGGGUGAUGAUGUUCGUCAUGUGCCUGACUGUGGUGGCUGUGACUGUCUUCAUUUUUGAGUUCUUCAGUCCCGUGGGCUACAACCGCAGUCUGCAAAAUGGCAAGAAGGCUGGAGGUUCUACCUUCACCAUAGGAAAAUCUGUAUGGCUUUUGUGGGCAAUUGUCUUUAACAACUCUGUGCCAGUGGAGAACCCCAGAGGAACCACCAGCAAGAUAAUGGUGCUGAUCUGGGCCUUCUUUGCUGUCAUCUUCCUGGCCUCAUACACAGCUAACCUGGCUGCCUUCAUGAUCCAGGAGGAGUACAUUGACACAGUGUCAGGCCUCUCGGACAAGAAGUUUCAGCAUCCCGAGGAGCAGUAUCCACCUCUGAAGUUUGGCACCGUGCCCAACGGGAGCACAGAAAAAAACAUCCGCUCCAACUACCCAGGCAUGCACCAGUACAUGGGCAAAUACAACCAGAGAGGAGUGGAGGACGCCAUAUUGAACCUCAAGACCGGGAAACUGGAUGCUUUUAUUUAUGAUGCUGCAGUAUUGAACUAUAUGGCCAGGAAGGACGAAGGUUGUAAGGUGAUGACCAUAGGCUCGGGGAAGGUUUUUGCCACCACAGGCUACGGUAUCGCCCUGCACAAAAACUCACGCUGGAAACGUCCUCUUGACCUGGCCCUGCUGCAGCUGGUGGGAGAUGAUGAGAUUGAGAUGCUGGAGCGCCUCUGGCUGUCAGGUAUCUGCCAUAAUGACAAAAUUGAGGUGAUGAGCAGUAAACUAGACAUUGACAACAUGGCUGGGGUCUUCUACAUGCUGCUGGUGGCCAUGGGCCUCAGUCUGCUGGUGUUUGCCUGGGAACACUUGGUCUACUGGAAGCUGCGACACUGCAUGGCCACCAGCUCUGGCAAAUUGGACUUUCUCCUGGCAAUCAGCAGGGGCAUGUAUAGCUGCUGUAGCUUUGAGGAUGAAACAGCGCCAGGUGGAGUUAAAACUUUGCCCACUCAUCACCACACUGCGAUGGUUACAGUCCCUUCUCAGCCACAUGUUGUCUCAACGUCUAUGACAAACCCAGUCAUUGCCAUGGCGCAACAGCAGCAACAACCACAACAACAGCAACCACCACCCGUCUACAAAACACCUCUACCGGGCUCUCCUCCCACCGUGGUGCAUUCUGGUACAGCACUGGGUCCCUCCAACACCCCCAUUGCUGGUGCACCCCUCCCUUGCUCCACUUUCCUGCCCCGGCCAGACCGCAGACUGGCUGUGGUGGAUCGCUGGAGGCUACCCAAAUCUGCAACAGCCACCAACCCUAUGGCUGUAAGAGGGGCCAUCACUGACAUGGGACCCUUUGCUCAGAAAGUCCCACCAAACUGGGCUUCAACUGCUGGAGGGGGUGGGGGACUCGAUGGCUAUAAGAGAUACUAUGGUCCCAUUGACCCUGAGGGACUGGGGCCCUGCAUGGAGCAGCAGGCAGGGUCCCAGACCCCCAAGACUAUGCCCAGGGGGGCCGUUAAACCUCUGGGAACUCCCAGACUGCCUCCUAAGAGUCAGGCCCCUCUGCCUCCUACACCCCCACUGCCACACCCCUCUCCCCCUCUCCCCUCAUCCUUCUGGAGAAAGCGUAGGCCCAAGAAGCCCAAAGAGCCUGGAGGGCCACUGUACGAGAACAUUCUGCCCCUGGGGCGGAGGGGAGGAGCACGAGAUGGAGUGAGAGAGGGAGGAGGGAGGAGGGCACGCCCCCUUUCUCCCCCACUCUCACUUCCUGUGCCAGUUCCCCUCAGCCCCUCCUAUACCCCCCCUUCUCCCUCCGCAUCCUUGCACUAUACUUCCUCGUCCUCGUCGUCGACCACCUCAUCCACAACCACAUCCUCGUCUGCAUCAUCUUCUCGCUCCACCUCUCCCACUUACUCUUACAGCUCCUCCAGGAGCACACGAGACAGGACUGGAGGAAUAGAUGGAGAGGAUGAUGAUGAUGAUGAGGAGCUGACAGAAGAGUCAAGCCUCCUCCUUGGGAGGGGGAGAGAGAGGGAACGCUCAAUCAUCAGGCCUCGUUCCCUCAGCCACGGGCGUCUGCCACCACCUAUACCCCCCAGGAAACCACGCACAUCCUGGGGUGACAGAGAAAGGGAACGGGAGAGAGGGGGCAGCCAACUGUCUCAACUUCAAGAGUGGUGGGCAAGCUGGAGUGAGAGAGAAAGGAGUGGAGUGGGUGGCGAUGCUGAGAGGCAAAAAAGGGAAAAGAAGAGGAGAAAAGAGAAGGAGAAAGAGAAGAAGAAAAAGAAAAAGAACAAAAAGAGGAAAAAGAGGGAAGAAAGGGAAAGAGAGCGUGAGAGAGAAAGGAAGAGGCGAAAGGUGAAAAAGAAGAAG